AUGUACUGGAGAUUCGGACACCAAAACACAUCCGUCAUCGAACACCUCCUCGAGUCUGGAAACGUCUCUCUCGAGGAGCUCCUCGAACAGGAUGAUCUUAUUCAGGAAUGCAAGGCACAGAACCCAAGGCUUAUCGAAUACCUGCGCGAACCCAAUGUUCUUCGACAGCUGCUGGGUUAUAUCAUCAGCGACGACCUCGAAGACCGUGCACGGUUCAAAUACCCAUUUAUCGCCUGUGAGGUCAUUGCUUGUGAGGUCUGGGGAAUCUUUGAAUCUGCGUUGUCGAAUAUUGAUAUGCUCGAAAAGUUUUGGGAGUUUCUCGACCGCCCUCCUCCUUUGAACCCCGUGCAGGCUAGCUACUUUGCCAAAGUCAUCGGCGUCUUUUUGAUGAAGAAAACUGGAGAUAUGCUUCAAUUUAUCAAAUCACGACCUGAAGUGGUUCCCAAGUUGUUGCUUCAUAUGUCGACUUCGUCCAUCAUGGAUCUCUUGCUCAAGAUCAUCAGCAUGGAGGAGUCACCCGAGGGCAAAGGAACAGUUCAGUGGUUGAGCGAGCAAGGAUUGAUGCCAUGGCUUGUCAACCGUCUCGACCCCAACUUUGAUGCGGAGGUUCAUUCCGUUGCGUCGCAAGUUUUGCUGGACAUUAUUGCAAUCUCACAAUCGUCUCACCCUGAGCAGCCUUCCAUUGGAACCAAUGUUUUGAUUGACGAGCUGAAGAGUGAGGUCAUAGUAACAAAGCUGGUUGGAUUCAUGCUGGAUAGAACUGCUCCUCACUCGACGUCGACACUUAUCAACGGUGUCACCAUUUUUAUCGAACUGAUCCGCAGAAACAACAGUGAUUAUGAUGUUGAGCCGCUUCCCCCAAAUUCGAACGAGACUAUCCGCGAAGCUGUGGAUUUGAGCGACCUGUUGAAGGUUUUGGCUGCCAGGAUCGAGGAUUUCAAGGACCUUCUUGUCGUUCCAAGAUCAACUGGUCCUAUUGCCACAUCCAUCGGAAACCAGACUCCCUUGGGAUUCGAGCGUCUCAAGAUUUGCGAGAUGUUUGCUGAACUUCUCCACUGCUCUAACAUGGCUGUUUUGAACUCGCGCCCCAUCAUCUCUGUCUCUCCCGACGGCACUGUCAGGGUACCGACAGUCACGGCCGAGCAGUCGUUCCUUCACCAGUCUCAACACGUCAAGGAGGAGGUGGAGGCUGCCAGGGCUGCAAAUGGAGCCGAAUCGAACAAGGAGAGCGAGGACGAGUCCAAGGAGACAAAGGUGGCUGAUGAGGCGCCAAAGGAGGCGCCAGCUUCUGAGGAGAAGAAACCCGAGGAGACUAAGACUGAGGAAACUAAGGUUGAGGAGACCAAGACUGAGGGCACUAAGACUGAGGAGACUAAGACUGAGGCAGUUGCUGAGACUAAAGGCGACGCAGAGUUAUCCGAGGAUGAUGCCGCUGCUUUGGCUGUAGACGAUCAGGCUACUCCCAGAGCAUCCCCCCCACCAGGCGCUUCUUCGACCCUCACCAGCUCUAGUGCGGCCACCCUUGGAUCCUCUCACCCACUGGAAAACGAAGUCAUGAUUCCCGUUGGCGACUUCUUGAAGAUGCAGUUUGUCGAUCACCGCAUCAUUCCCACCUGCUUUGACCUCUUUUUCCAGUUCCCAUGGAACAACUUCCUUCACACUGUUGUGUACGACAUGGUCCAUCAGGUGUUCCACCGCCCCAUGGGUGACAUUGGACGUCCUGAUAUGAACGGAACCUACAUUCCUCCCAAGGCGGACCAAGGUAUCAAGGAGGGCUGGAACAGGCGUUUGACGAUUUCCAUCUUCAAGGACGGACAGCUCACCAAGCGCAUCACCGACGCCCAGCGCCUCUGUGACUACGAGUGUGCUCAGCCAAAGGGUGUUCGUCUGGGAUACAUGGGACACUUGACAUACAUUGCGGACGAAACUGUCAAGUUACUGGAGCUCUACUCGCAGACGUCCUUGCUGCCCAUGCUCUACGAGUUUAUCGAUCUCGAGGACUGGUGGAACUAUGUUUCCAAGGUGUUGAAGGAGACCAAGGAGCGUGAUGCACAGGUUUUGGGAGGAUCGCGCCCCAAUAUCAUUGAGUCUCAUCCAUCUGGCAUGGACGAUGGCAACGAUGACGACUUUUUGGACGAUGGUGGAGAUAACUAUGGCAGCAACAACAGCUUCCUCGGUGGAGAUGGAGGUGGCGGACAAGAAGGCGAUGUCGGCAGCGAUCAGUUUGCGCGUUAUUUGAGCCAGCAGAUUACGAACAACCUCCCUGACAAGUUUGGAUCAUCGGACGAGGAUGAAGAUGACGAGGAGGGCAACUGGAUCGGAGAGUACGGCGCUGAUAGCGACUUUGAGCGUCGCCGUGCUGCAGCUGCUGCCAACACACUUGAGGAUCCCUUUGGCAACCACCAUGCUAUGGACUUUGACGACAGCGACGAUGACGAAGGUGUCGACGAGGAAGCAUGGAACUCUCCCUGGCCCAACUCGUUCGGUGAUGCCAAGGUGUCUGAGCUUGGUGCGACUCAGUUCAGUGCCACGCUGACGGACUGGUCUGAGGAUUUCCAGGAUGGCUUCACAGAGUUCAAGACUGGAGAUUCAAGUGGUGAUGGCAAGGAUGAGUUUGAUUUCCCACCGUUCAGCGUAGACACCCAGGGCGCGACUAUAGCUACUACUACAACAACAAACACUGAUACCCCUGCCUCUGGAGACGCCGAUCCUUUUGGCGAUGAGACGGCAGACCCAUUUACGACCGUUGCCGCUCCUACAUCAACAACUACAACAGAGUCAGCACCUGUUCAGGAGAGCAAGGAAUUCGAGGCGAAGGAUCAGAAGAAGGUUGAGAUGGAGGCCGUAAAACUUGCACCCAAGGUUCAUGAAACGCCCGUUAUUGAGUCUCAGGAGGAGCCUACAAUGAAGAAGACAACGGAGGAGAAGAAGGAAGACAAGAAGGACGAGGAGGAGAAGGGAAUGACCGCACCUGAGGUGGAGAUGGAGCCUGUGCCGUUGUUGGAUUCAUCAGCACCCAAGCUGGAGACGACGGUGUCUUCCGAUGAUUCUGAUCUUCCCAAGGCCUCUUCUACAUCCCCAGCAGCGGCGACGACCACAACCACAGCUACUCCAUCUACUACGGUCAAGACAAGUGAAAGUGCAAAGGAAGAUGUGGCUUCGAGCGAGCUGGCGAAGAAGGUUGAGGGAUUGGAGCUGAAUGAUAAGUGA